AUUGACAGUCAUAUUGUCAAGUAAUUGGGUUCAAAACCAAAAGUUGUCGAAGUAAACGAAUUGUUUACUCGGGGGAAUAAUCCAAUUUUAUAUUCUAAAAGUAGAAAUAAAAUUUUGCUGUUUUUCAGGUUAUGAUAAAACGAUAAUUCAGAAUGAAUCGGGAGCAAUGUUGCCGUUUGUGUAUGUCCCCAAACACCGACGAACACCUGAACAUAUUCAGUGACAUUGGAAUCGAAAUGAAGCUGGGUGAAAUCAUCAGCGAACAUUUCAAGUGCGAGAUCGGUGAGCUGGAUCCAUUGCCGAAUCUUGUGUGUCAAACGUGCUGGCAAACCACAGAUAACUUCCAUGAACUGUAUCAAAAGUCGAAAACAGUUCAAGAAUCAUUUCUUAAUUCAACGAUAAAACUAGAACCAGAUGAAAGUGAACCGUGGCACAGCCAUCAGGAAACCAACUUUGUCGAAGAACUACAAUUGGAGGUUGGCUCAAUUAAACUCGAAAUAAAUCAAGAUGAAUCAAACUCUAGCAACACUGAUGCAAGGGAUUACAGCGACAAUACAAAUGACUCGGAUGAAAAAAUUGAAGAGAAAAACGACAAAGAAACCAAGGAAAAGUCACCGACUAGUAAAUGGGAUAGUAUAUCAAGCAACAAGAAAAAAGGCAUAAAAAUGAAAGACAGAGAGCACGUACAGUACGAUAAGCUAUUUGCUGAGCACAAACAUCACUUUAACAUGAAUUGCGAAUCGUGUCCAACGACAUUCGAAACGCUAGAAGAGGCGCGAAAACACUAUACCAAGAAGCACCAGAAUCCAAACGGUUACAUCAAAUGUUGUAGUUUUAGACUCAAGUAUCCAUAUCAAGUGGUGAGACAUCUAAGAAAGCAUCAGCGUCGUAGUCGCAAUAAAAAGCAGUGCAGGUUAUGCUUCAAAUUAUUGGGCUCAAAUUAUGCUUUGAAGAAGCACAUGAAUCUACACGAGGAAAGAAAUGAAACCAGCGAUGAAGAGUUUAUGAAAUUCCUAAAAGAAAACUUUGACCUGAAUUGUGAUCAAUGCGAUACCAUGUUUAGCACAUUCCACGAUGCUCAGCGACACUACAAAGAAUCUCACGGUGAUGACAAUGGUUACAUCAAAUGCAAGAGUUGUAAAUAUAAAGUUAAACGAUUUUUUACGCUCAAACAUCACGUUAAAUCUCACUCAGUCAUCAAAACGCCAGAGACUUUCAAAUGUGAUAUGUGUCCCAAAGUGUUCACAACCCAAAAAUCAAUAACUCGACAUAAAAGACAGCAUCGAAUGACUAUGAACAAAUCAUUUAUUUGCGAUUACUGUCAAAAGCCCUGCAGGGAUAAAUUAGCAAUAACACGACAUAUAUUUAAUAAGCAUAUGGAGGAUCUGGAGCGAAAAUUCGCAUGUGAUAUUUGCGAUAAAAAGUUUCACUUACUAAAGUUGCUAACGAGGCACAUUUAUGCGGCACAUCGAGAAAAGAAACGAAAUCACACAUGCGAAAUAUGUGGCAAGUCGUUUUUUACCAACUAUCAUCUUGAAAAGCAUAAGCUUCAACAUCUCGACAAAUCCGAACGAUUGGUGGAAGGAACGAAGUGUCAACAUUGUGGUGAGUGGAUUGCCACCAAAAGCGGAGUGUUUUAUCACCAGCAAAUUCACACGAGUGGACCACAAAAAUGUGAACAUUGCCAAUUGGAAUUUCCGAAUCGAGUUUCUUUAUUGGGACACAUUCGGAGAUAUCACCGUGAAAACAAGUUCAAAUGCAACUACUGUGACAAAGCAUUCACGACCGCCUCAUUAUUGAGGGCACACGAAGAAUCGCAUACUAGACAUAGGGUAUAUCCGUGUCUCUACUGUGACAAAACGUUUUCAUUGAGAAUUUCUCUGUCUUCACAUAUGGGCCGAUAUCAUCCGGAACAAAGGAAACUGUUGAAAGAAAUGAGGAAAAUGAAGAGAUUUCCGGCAGCAAAUAAAGACCAAUAAUUGGUUAUGUAUACCAAGUUGGGAUAAAAUAAGAUCACUUCUGUAAAUUAAAAAUUGAAAUUUAAUCAUAAUUCAUUGAAAACGAAAGAAUGAAUAAAAACCCAAAUUAUUUGCUGAAAA